UGAAAGUCCAAAAACAAACAGAAACGUUGAAGCAGACAGAUGGACUGAUGCAAGCUCAAGCCCUUGGACACAAUACGGGUUACUACAGAGAAAAACAGUCCCUCCUGUUGCUUUUGGAUGAGUUUCUAGGAUGAGGUAUUCAGCCCUAAUACUGUGCUUCCCUCUCUUGCUUGUGUUAAAGGCCUCCGCUUCUUCUUUGCGAGUUGUGCCAGGGUCAACCCUUACUCUCCCCUGUCUCCCUUUCCAAAGUAGCUCCAAUGAAGCUACAAUCACCUGGAAGUUCAACGGCAUUCAGGUACAGGAUCCUUUAGUUGUCAUUGGCAGCAGGCUGAAGAUCGACCCUGUCCGCGCUUCUAGCCAGGGAGAAUACGAAUGUGUGCUGUUUCGGAAUAACACAGAGCAGACGCGCAAAUACACAAUCAGUGUCGACGCCUUCAGCAGCUAUGCCCUCAAGCAUAAGGAGGGGUCCAUCAUCGUACUGCCUUGUGAACGGCCACAGGGUGCUCAGCCCGAGAACUACGUACUUUGGUUCAAAGAAACAUCUGAGGGCCAGAGGAGGAAACUGAGCCCUGCGGAGAGUGCGGACCAGGAGCAACUGAAACUGAGCGGACGACUGGAGUGGCUUUAUGCAGAUCCCCAGGACGAAGAUCAAAGCAUCCAGGUUCACCAGGUCACCAUAGAAGACUCUGGAACGUACCAUUGCGAGUCGGAGGAGGGAGAGAAGUUCAGCUCCAUUGAACUGGUUGUGGAAGCUGCACCCAUAGUAGAGCCAUACUCCUGCAGCGGCUUCACAACACCAUGGGAACCGUGCCUGGAUGAGGACAACCGGUCAUGGGCGGCCAUUUUGGAAGAGUCCCUGACUGAGUUCUCCAUGAAAAUUUAUAGCCAUCUCAGACACUCUCAGCCCUCUGAAAACAUGCUGUUCUCACCAAUUAGUAUCAGUGCAGUGCUCAGCCACCUACUGUUAGGAGCCCGGAAAGAGACACGUGAACUCCUAGAGGCGGCCCUGAGCCUGCCCCACAACUUCACUUGUGUCCACUCUCAGAUGAAAAAGUUAAAGCAGAGACUUCAGGACAACAUGAAAAUGGCAUCACAGAUCUACUACCACACUAACAUUCCACUGAGUGAGUCCUUUGCCAACCAAUCACUACAGUACUACGAUGCCGAGGCUGUCAAACUGACCAAUAGCAGUAAGGAGAACGUGGAGACGAUCAACCAUUGGGUGGCAGAGCAAACAAAUAAUAAAAUAAACCAUCUAGUUGACUCGGUUCCAGAGGACUCUCAAUUGGUGCUGCUCAACGCAGUAUAUUUCAAUGGUCGGUGGAAGGUAAAGUUUGACAGUGAAAAGUCCAGAGCACCAUUUGAAAAACUAGAUAAUGAAAUUGUCAUGGUGCCUGUCCUCUACAGCUCUAAAUACCCCCUCGCUAUGGAAUAUGUCUCAGUAGUGAAAUCACAGGUGGCAGUGUUCCCUCUAUCGGGUCAGACCAGUCUCUUCAUCCUGCUCCCUCCCUCUGGUACCCUCUCAGACCUCCAAUUGGUGGAGGGGAAGAUGACUGUCAUGGCUUUGCGUAAAAUGGUGGAACAGAUGAAGUCGUCGUCUCCCCAGCCAACAGAGGUCACCCUUCCUAAACUCAACCUGGACGUCCUCACACAAAUUAAUCCAUUAUUAGGGAAACUGGGACUGUCAACUCUCUUCGAGGGCGCUCACCUGUGCGGCAUUUACCCGGACCAGCCUCUAGUGCUGACGGAUGCCCGCCACCGGGCCUUCCUGGCCUUGACGGAGGCCGGUGUGGAGGCGGGCGCAGCCACCUCGCUCUCCUUUUCUCGCUCCUUCUCUACCUUCUCUGCCCUGCGGCCCUUCCUGCUGGUGCUCUGGAGCGAGCGGGCAAACCAGCCGCUCUUCCUGGGCCGUGUCACCCAGCCGUGAGGGGGGCGGGGAGUGAGAGGGAGGUGGGAAAGAGAGAGAGGGAGAAAGAGGUGGAGAAUAGAAGGAAGGAAGGGACACGUGAGAGAGAGGGAGCAUCGAGGCGGGAAAGAGUGAAGGGGGAGGUGGGAAAGCGAAUGACAGAGAGAGAGAGAAACAGAGAGAAAGAGAG